AUGCCUCAGCCCGACCUUGUUCCAUUGCACCCCCUUGAGGGAUUCGACAUCCAUCCCCUAUGGCGGAUCGAGGCAUUUCGAUUGGAAAAUUACGUCAGUCUCCUGCCUCUUCCCCUUCUUGACAAGAGCCAACAUGACUAUCUACCUGCAUUGUACGAACGGUUGGAGCCAGCUUUGAAGCUUGCCACUCUCUUUUUGAAGAUCGUCCUCCCGGCUUUAGCCAAGAUCAGGUAUGCAAUGUUCCGGACUUUUGGUUCUGGCUCCCAGACCGUACGGAUACUGAGCGAUUCCUGGAGGGUGACAGACCACAAACUACAGAGUUUCGAGCGAGAACUUGAACGAAUGUGUCGCUACUACCGUAUCACUCUGAUCGGCGCAGGCGAACGUGAUGUGCCCGAUGGACACUUCGAGACAGCAAUCACAGGGUGCAUUGGCAACGAUGACAAUUAUCCUACCUCCAAGCCGGUCAUUGUGCAGUCGGCAAUCACCAUUGAUUGGCUGCGUUACCUGACUUCAGAGGGCUGGGAUACCACGGACGCCACCGAGAAGUACAGCAAGUAUGUGCUCAUGGCCACCACACUUGUCCACGAGCUGGCACACGCCGUUUGGUGCCAUCGUAUGCUACCUCUUUUGAACGUUGAAUACCAAUAUAGCGGCCAGGUUACUUUUGAUCGACCAGAGCCAAGAUUCAUGUCGACUGAUGGAUUCGAAGAGAUGGGCUAUGUGAUCGAGCUGCAACUCUUCGGAGGCCUGCUUGCGUUUCCGCACCUUGGAACGCCCACGACUGCAGAAAAUACCGUUCGCCAAACACCAGAACGGCUUUUCUUGACCAUCGUCGACAUCGACGGCCGAGCAGCAGCUGUUCAUGAGUUGACCACCGAGACCAUCUUCUCAUUCUUCCAUCCCCAGACCUGGGCCCGCUUCGGAAACCAUGAGUCGCCAAACUUCAAACUCGAUCUUCUACCGGACAUCAGACGGCCAGGGAGGCACAUGUCGACCGUCCUGUCGGACCCGCCGCCACGAGACCUUGCCGUGCCAAUCAUCCGGUCUCCGAGGCCUGACCGAUUGGCAGGCGCUAUCACCGAGUUCAAUGAGCUUUUUCAGACAUUUGAUGUGCCAUUCAUCCGAUGUCUCCAGCCUCACCAACUCAAGCCUGCCAUCACCGAAUAUAACGAGCUUUUCCUGGUCAGUACGCCACGGUAG